GCCCUGGUGGCGACAGAAAAUCCACUCCGCAAUCUCAAAAAUUUUUAAAAAUGAUAAAUUCUUAUGGCACCUUGAUUGGUUUUCUGGUGAAGUGCAGGGUGACCUACUUGUCUCCAAAUUGUCCAUAAUUGCAAACUCUGAGGGUGUGGUGUCGACGUCAACUUACGAAAUAACCGGUAAAACAUACUCAAAUGUUUAUCCAACUUUACAUGAGUAUUGAACACUGACUAUUGACUCUUCUAACUAAGAUUUAAACUCUAACAAGCCACAAUGGUGAAGAAACUAGUGGACAUGUGCCUUCAAUGCAUCGGGCAGAAUCUUAAUAACAUCAGUCAAGUUGGAAGCUUACUGCCAACCAAACAUAAAGAGAUUCUACUGCAGCGCAUUGCCGACCAUGAUAUGUUGACACCGGACUACCUGCCUCAUGUGACGUAUCACUUGUUCUCACCGUCGUUACGAUCGGUGAGAUUUAAAGCAUCGGAGCAGGUGACUGAUGCUGUAUUAAUGCAGUUGGAAGCGUGUCAAUGCCAGUUGGACUCUCUCGUUAUAAGCAAGUGUAACCAAGUCUCGGAUAAUGGAAUGCAUGCGCUCCUGAGUAAGCAGAAAUCCCUCAAGUUUCUCAAGUUGAAGCGGCUUCCGUUGAUAACCUGCAAAACACUUGAAGCUAUCUGCUGUCCGGACACGCUGAUUGAGGUCAAAGUUCACUGUAGCAACAUAAGCAAUAAAGGAAUCCAAAGCCUUGUCAGUAAGAAUCCCAAGAUUUCCAAGUUGGCUUUUGGAACUCCAACCUUCAAAGUGACAGAGGAAGUAGUCUCAGUAUGUGGAUCCUUUCUUGGAAUCAAUUUGAUUCAUCUUGAUUUGUCUAAUCUCAACUCGUUAAUCAACAAGAGUCUCGUGUCACUCGCUGAAAACUGCCCAAACCUGAAAUCUAUUUGUCUAAGUGGCUGCAAUAAAAUUACAAGUGAAGGCCUUUUAUCGCUUUUUGAAUGCUGCACCAAACUCCAAGAGCUGGACCUUUCCUUCUGUUAUAAAGCCUUAGAACCAACCAGUAGCAACACGCUAUCACAUCUUCCCAACGGCAUCACAUCGUUAUCGCUCAGUGGACUACCAGUAGAGGGCGCUUCGCUACUCACAGUUCUAUCGAGACUCACCAAGCUGAGUGAAUUGAGACUUUGUGGGAUUAACAUGAUCUCGGAAGAGGAUAUUGAAGAGAUGUUUAGUGUGGUUGGUAGUCAACUGACCGUACUAGACAUGAGUGGUUGCCAUGAGUCAAUGACCGACCAUGCUCUAAGAUCAAUCGUUAAGCAUUGUACCGAGUUAGAGAACUUAUCUCUGUCAUUCUGUGUGCGUCUGACGGGUGAAGCGUUUAUCAGUCUUCUACGAGAUCAGAGAAGAGCUAGAAACUUGACGUCUCUCAAACUCAACGGAUGCAAAGAGAUUUCACAUGCAGUUCUUCUGGAGAUAGCGAUAUCAUGUUGUAACUUGGACACGCUGUAUAUAGCUGGACUGAAGUGCGUUGACGACGCUCUGCUCUCCGACAUUGCCAAUAAUUGCCUGAAAUUGAGAGAUGUUUCUAUUAAGAGUUCAACUGGCGCUGAUUCACAUCAGGUAACAGAUAAAGGUCUGUUAGAGUUGAUAAGAUGCUGUCCCCUAGAACAUGUAGUGAUCUCUGGGAUUCAUAAAGUCACUGAUAAGACGGCCCUGUCUCUUGCCAACGCCUGCCCAGACCUGAAGAGCCUUUAUGCUUCAGGAUGUACUAUGAUUACUGCAGCUGGCCUUCGAUAUCUUCAGGAUAUGUGUAAUGAGAGAGUCCACAUUGUCCACAAGAUCCCCAACCUGGACCCAAACCAAGUCAUGGCUAAGAACCUGGACACAGGAGAGUUCUGCCGAGUUGACCAGAUGCACUGAUCCAGUUGACCACCCCAAUCCCCAAUACCCCAAUGGUCAAGUUCUUCAUUUGCCUUAGUUCUUCAUUUGCCUUUGUUCGGGCAUUCCACCCAGAACACGUCUUCUUCAUCCCUUCUCAGCAUCCCUUCUGAGUGAAAUUGCUCAAUUCAGCUCUUAGCUGCGAGUAAGCAUGAUUAGCCCCCCAAAUUAUUAUAAUCUUGCCGAAGAUUACUCUCUAGUUCUCCACAAAAACCAAACUGGGCCGCAUUGCCUGGCCUUGAAAGUUUCUGAGAUUCAAGUUCAUUUUGCAGCUCUUUCAGCUUAGUGUCAUCUAUCUCUUUUUGGUGUGUAAGAGGGUUUUAAACUUAGAAUGAAAUACUGUAGAAACUUGUCAAAUAGUUCUUUGGUGUUUAAAUCAGAGCCUCCUGGUUGAUCUUCUUUCGACAUUGGAAAGUCUAUUGGAACUUAACGAAAGUAGUAGUAAUUACUGUAGCGGGAUAGCAGGGUGAACUGAAUACCACACCCCUUCAAUGUACGUUUAUACCAGUACGCUUCGAUGCGCAAGGGGAAUGCUUGGAUGCGCAAGGGGAAUGCUUGGAUGCGCAAGGGGAAUGCUUGGAUGCGCAAGGGGAAUGCUUGGAUGCGCAAGGGGAAUGCUUGGAUGCGCAAGGGGAAUGCUUGGAUGCGCAAGGGGAAUGCUUGGAUGCGCAAGGGGAAUGCUUGGAUGCGCAAGGGGAAUGCUUUGAUGCGCAAGGGGAAUGCUUCGAUGCGCAAGGGGAAUGCUUCGAUGCGCAAGGGGAAUGCUUCGAUGCGCAAGGGGAAUGCUUGGAUGCGCAAGGGGAAUGCUUCGAUGCGCAAGGGGAAUGCUUGGAUGCGCAAGGGGAAUGCUUCGAUGCGCAAGGGGAAUGCUUCGAUGCGCAAGGGGAAUGCUUCGAUGCGCAAGGGGAAUGGUGCGUCAAGAACCAUUGUGCACUAACUACCGCAUUCAGCUGGUAAGCAUCUUUAAACCACAACACCUUACCAAAGUCUGUUUUUCCAACCCGCACAAAAAACUUGAUUCUGCCGAAUCCGACCCCAUUUGGAGCAAGAGCUGUGGGAUAACUGGAAACCACACUGCUUGAUGCUCUUUCACUCUCUUUGGAUGUGAAACUGUUAGCGUGCGGGUUCACAUUUCUUGCCUUGAAUAUUUUCCGUUGGCCCUGUAUUUGAUCCUGUGGGAGACGGUAAACAACGAUUUCUAAUGUCUCCCGUUGGUUAAACUGAUAUGCCUCUCCUAUGUUGUCUUUCUACCAUUACAAUAGCCUCGCUGAGCUUAGCUGAAAGUGCACCAAGCUCCAUGUGACCAACGCAGUACUCGUACAAAGAGGCCAUCACAUCGCACUGCUUGAAAAAAAGUGUUUGACUGAUGAUGUACAACCGAUAUCUAAGUCGUCUUGAGAGAAAAUUUGGAUCUUAUCAUGUAGCAACUUCUUAAUUCUAUCUAGAUCCUCGAUGGUAAGGGGUGAAGCCUUAAAUAAAAAUCUAAGGAGACCAACGAAUGAGAAACUGGUUUGGGUACGGCAGUACAACUAGCUGUCUGAGCGGAUUGUGAAGAAGAGCUGCACUUAUAGGCUUUCGCCCAAGCACAAUCGAUGGAGAGAUGGUUAACAAACUGUUUCCCAGCCUUCAGCUGGCACACCCGCAACAUUUUAUUCACGACACUAGUGUUAAUGCCCACGAGCAGGGGGACAUCAUCUUUUCCCUGACGGCUUGGACACACAAGGGUGAGGGUACUAACUUCGUGUUUCAUCCCUGCAGUGCUAGCAGGAAACAUUAGACUAACUUCUAUAUAACCCUUGUAUGGUACUAUCUGGUCGGCUGCCCCUAUCACUGCAAGGUGCGACAGGGGUUGGAGUUGGCGGUGCUUCAAGAAACGGUGGUAAAACUUCUCUGUCACGCAGGUAACCUGCGACCCGGUAUCAAGGAGACACAUCGUGGAGUGUCCGUCGAUGAAGACAGGAGUAGUAGCCUGGUCCCCGACGACACCUCUGGGGAUACUUGAGACACCAUCACAAGAAGGAGACUCUUGAUACCUGGUUGCAGUAGUCAUCAGUUUCGCUGGACCCUUAGAUGGUCUGGGGACGGCAGGAGGGCCCUCUACUGCUGUCUGCUGUCAUUUCCCGAACUCUGUGGUUUGGACACAGUAACGCAGGUCAACAUAUUCUCCUGUACCAGCGCUGGAUUCUUUGGUGACUUACAAAUGCCACUGCAAUGGCUCUCCUCCCCGUAAUUUUAGCAGAAGAAAGAUUGGUUUCUCUACUGUCUGCCGGAGUACGACGAGUUGCCUCGCUGGACACAGGGCGACAACUUGAAGAGGCCAUCCAACCGUUGGUGAAGGUGGUCGACGGCCUGUCUAAGACCUUCCACCUCACCUGUGGGUUUAGGGGCAGGAGUGGGUGGUUGUACUGUCUGCUCUAUAGCCAAGAUGGAAACCCUCUUUGGUGGGGAGCGGUGAGCAGCCUUUCGGUCCAUUUUGUCCUCCAGUUGGGACUCCGCCACCCAGACUUCUCGGAGUAGUUCAAGAAUACUAGGUGGGCUCGUCUUCCUGGAGGCCAACUGCAAGGUGUGGAGUAGGUUGUCGUUGACAGUGAAGUUGUUAAAUUCAGGAAUGCUGUGGUAUAACUCUGUUGCCAUGUCAUUCCCACUUGUCUUCUUUCCAAUUCUGGUGUCAUUUUCUGCUCAGUGUCCUGUCUCGUUCCUUGGAAAAGGCUGAAGAUCCUGUUAUCUGCUACCCAUUUGUCGACUGUCGUCAGAGUCCAUAUGGACUGUCUCUUGGGCUGGCCAUGUUGAACCUUCCCAAUUCUCUUUCAGCUUUGCACAGCUCGUCGGUGUUGUCUCGACCGGUGAACAGCCCAAGGAGUUUUUUUAUAACGACCUAAGAGGAGAAGCAAAAACUGUAAAAAUGCACUGAUAAUAAUUAAAAGAAAUAAAAAAAAUACACCGAAAUUCAAACAUGUUCAUGAAAAUACAAUACAAUACAAUUACAAAACAGUACAAUACAAUACAAUACAAUACAAUACAAUACAAUAUAAUACAAUGCAAUAAAACUUUGUUGUCCCUGCAUGGGGAAUUUCUUUGCACAAGAACACAUUGAAACUGAACAUCCACAGACUUGAGUGGAGUUUUGUUCGUUCAGGUUGAUCUUCUUCUUAUUCGACCUCAUCUCAUCCACUUACAGUGACUAAACAAUUAGUUACUUUACCGACAUCCUAACACCUCAAAGCACAUACAGCAAAAGCGUCUUUUCGGUACCACUGAAACCGGGUAGGUGCGCAGAUACUUCAACUAAUCUUCGUUCAGGUUGAUCUUAUUAUUCGACCUCAUCUCAUCCAUUUACAGUGACUAAAAAAAAGUUACUUUACCGACAUCCUAACACCUCAAAGCGCAUACAGCAAUAGCCUCCUUUCGGUUCCCAUGAAACCGGAUAGAAGCGCAGAUACUUUGAUUAAUCUUCGUUCAGGUUGAUCUUCUUAUUAUUCGACCUCAUCUCAUCCACUUACAGUGACUAAACAAUUAGUUACUUUACCGACAUCCUAACACCUCAAAGCGCACACAGCAAUAGCCUCCUUUCGUUACCCAUGAAAUCGGGCAGAUGCGCAGAUAAUUUGAAUAAUCUUCGGGCUUCCUGAAAACUCUUCGGCAGCCUGUUCCCCUUAGGCAAUAAUUUCUUUACCACUUAUUUGUUGGCAAGAAUCUUGUGAAAAAAUCUCCUGUCUUAAUUCAGAUGUUCUCCUUUUCUGGAUCUUUAUUAGCCCUUGAGACUUGUUUCUUCUUUUUGUUGAGUAACUUACACAUUUCCAGUAUAAUAGUAAUAUAAUUAACAAAUAAUUGAUUAAAAAGAACGAUAAACACAAAAAACCAAGACAUAUUAAUAAUCAAACACCUUUCUUUUAUAUUUAAUUUCAAUUUCAAGAUGACUGCAAUCAUAUUUGUGACAUCAUAAUAAGAAUAGGGCGAGGAUGGGGCCCUUGUCGGAGUCCAAAGACAGGAGUCUGCUUGAGCUUCCCAACUCGCUGACAGAGUUUCAUCCGGUGAUCUAGUACUUGAUUGAGGGUGACAGCUUGUUGUUUCACAAGUUCCCUGAGGGCCAAUUUUUGUGUGGUUGUGUUGUCGUUACCUCUGCUUCCAUAAGGUUGUCCUCGGCAAACGCCCGCAGUUCCUGCCGUAGAUCUUUAAAGCUCAUCGAACAGGGCUGCAUUGGAGCCAACCUUUGAUGAAGUCGCCUGUCCCGAAGUCCGGCCAUGAACUGGGUAGCCAACAUGCUGUCCCGGUUGUCCCCAAAAAAGUUUCCUGCCGACCAUGGUGAGCACAGGUGAUUUCCACACCCCUGGAGAGCCUGUGAAGGUAAUGGCAAAGUCGCCGGCGGUUGAUUGAUCUUUACCAAAAGGGGUCAAUACAGCUUACCUUUGCUGAUGGAUGAAAAACGUUUAAUACGAACAUGUGGCGAUGUUGAUCAAGGUUAGCGCAUUCAAAAACUUUCUGAUGUUGUGCCAGACAUCAACAUAGCUAUGACUACUGGUAUUACUAUUAUUAUAAUUUAUUUUGCCAAAACAGCGCAAAAGGCACAAAAUAUCAUGAAAGCAAACACAAGAAAUACAAAGAUGAAGAGAAACACAAAGACAACAAUAAUACAACUAACCGAGGACGAACCGAAAUACAAAACCAAAGCAACAAAACAACAAAACGUUGCCCGCAGAAACACUGCCCACCGUCGGUUGGCUCUUCCAAACUCGACGGUAGCUACAGCUCCUCUUUCAACAGGUCUGCUUCACCCCAACCAUCAUGCCUCCAAGUCACUUGAUCUUCUUCUUACUUGGUACUGAGCAUGAUGGACAACAGUUGAAAAACUCAAGGAGGUUGUUAUGAAACACAAGGUAUUUCCUUUCCUCGAUGACACCAACUUGUUUAGGUUCAUUAUCAGAGCUGUACAAACAAACUCAACAAAAAAUUGGUGAACCUCUUUUGAUAUUGUGGUCCAAAUAUAAAUCCAUAGACAUAGGCAGUACAAACAGUUUAGACAAACUACAGAUCACAUUGUAACAUAAAUAAUGUUAAAAACUUGCCCAAACUUAGGUAAAAAACUCAGCUUUCUUACAAGGCAAGAGGAGAGUUUAAAAAAGCACAGCCACCAUGAUGAAGAGCGCCCUCUGUUGUUUUUGACAUCUCCAUAAAGAUAGAACUCAAAAACCAUUCAAGAAAAUUGGCAAUAAAAUAAAGUAAAUCUAUAGUAAACUAACCUUGAGUCUGUGUCAGAACUUGGUGUACUUGACACCUCAUAGCUGCUGUCUGAAGACUGUCGUUUCUCCUCCCUGAAAGAGGCUGAUUCUUUGUACUGUUCAUGCUGCAUCUGUGAGCGGUUGUCACUUCGGUGUAGUUUUGAUGCUUUUACAAGUUCACACUGAACGCAUCUUGUAUGAACAAAAGGCCAGCGUGACUGUGAAUACCUAUCUCUCUUUUUUUUUUAGGGUGUGCUAUUCUCUAUUUAUAAUACGCUGCCAUUGCCCCACUUUCAAUACGGAAUUCUAGCUUAGGAAAAUACUCAUGCUUCUUACCUGAACAAGCUAUUAAGAUGGUCAAACACCAUUUGCGCACUCUCUUCAUCUGACAUGUCUUAGUUGGUGAGACGAUAUGUCCUCCACCCACUCAGAAAGUUUGGGGUCCUCAUCAAUGUUUGUCCUUCCUGCUAAUUAUCUCCCCCGCUCAGAAAUAGCUUUUCCUCAGUGUCACAUCCCUGAAUUGGAAGUUAGCCAAAACCGGACAUAACCAUUAGUAGAUAGUUUAACACACAAACACAAGAGAGGGUCAAAUCAAACGCAUUGUCCACAUAUUCAUUUACGAAUGAAACUAGGCCUAUAAAUACAUUAAUUUACAAGUCUACGACUAUUCGGUGAACACUAAUCGUUUUGACAACCUUAACCAAAAUAAAAGCACUUCAAAUUACUUGAUCUCAAUAUGUUAAUCAAACAAAUACUUUCUCAAAUCAAGUUAUUAAACAAAACAAAAUAUGAUUACUUACAGGUCGUUCUUUCGAUCCUGGCCUAGAAUAGUACGCCAAUGAAACUGCUUAAUGAUCAGUUGAAAUAUUAGUUAGGUCGUACUAGACACUCUCGGAGAACUCAAUUGCUCAUUUAAUAAGAGACUACUUCAGAAUUUAAUCUGGAAACAACUAGCUCAGUUCUCAAUAACUGGCUCUAAAAUAUUGAGGCUGACAAAUACACGGCCUCUCCUCUGAUAUCUCAAGUCGCAAGUACCCACUCAAAUAAUAUUUGCUCCCAUCAAAAAUUACGAAGCUGCGAAAAGUUCUUUUUCCUGUGGUUUUUAUACCACCAAUCAAAAUUGGGAUUGAACAACACUUGAACUCUUCAAUCAUACUGCAUGGCGAGGCAAGCAGAAGCUGUAAAACAAUUGAAAGGGGGAACAUGGCUGCUAUAGACUUGGCGUCUUCUGUUCGGCCUUCUGACUUAGUUCUUUUUCCUGUGGUUUUUAUAUCUCCAAUCAAAAUUUGGAUCGAACAACACUUGAAAGUUUCAAUCAUUGUCUCCUAUUGCAUGGCGAGGCAAGCAGAAGCUGAAAAACAAUUGAAAGGGGGAACAUGGCUGCUGUAGACUUUGCGUCUUUGGUUCGGCCUUCUGACUUAGUUCUUUUUUGAGGUUCUUAUAUCUCCUAGCAGAAGUGGGAUUGGACAACACUUAAACUCCUCUAUCAUGGUCUCAUACUGCAUGGUGAGGCAAGCAGAAACUUUAAAACAAUUGAAAGGGGAAACAUAGCUGCUGUAGACUUUGCGUCUUUGGUUUUGCUUUCUGACUUAGUUCUUUUUUCCUGUGGUUCCUCCACGCAAUACCUCCGAUCAGAAUUGGAAUUGGACAACACUUGAACUCUUCAAUCAUUGUUUCAUUUGGUUUCAUAUUCCACGAGUAAUCAAGCACAAGCUUCAUUCCGGCAUAUUCAAGAUCUGAAGGUCAUUUAUUUGGUUCUUCAGGAUGGAAAUCUCACUGUAGUUGUCAUCAUGGUUGAUGUAUGGAACUAUGGUUUUUCGCCAAGCUUCGAUGUCGGACAAAUUAGGUGAUUCAUUCGAGUCUGACAUGUUGAAACUAUGACCGGAUAAUGAAAUAUGUACAAACUGAGAUAUGUCAACGGUAAUAUUUGAUUAAUUUGGGUAAGAUUCGAGAGCGAUUCGGAAAGACAUCCACUGCUCACUCAACCAUGUAUUCAACAACAAAACAUGUGUUUAAAUAAAUAACGCUGCCUUCUGAGACUGUGGUUGAAGACUUUGAUGGACGCGGUUGGGGCAUUGCCAUCUGUGACUAUUUCGCUGGCCUCUCUUCCUUUUAGUUGGCAUACCCCUCAUUCCCGACUGAGCGGGGAUCAUGUUGAAGUUGAAUCCAAACGGAUUAUGACUGGGUGACUUUGGUUCCUUAUCACCCGAGAUUGUCCGAGUCAAGAAGCCAUCUAGUGCUGGAAAAGACCCCUGUUCAUCAGCGACGACAACUGAAUCGUCUGACCCAUAGAGGAUGAUACUUUCUGGGAUGAUUUUAAAAAUCAUUCCCAGUGGUAAACUCUUCAUAUGAUUCUUUUUCAGUUUUAACAUUCUAUCGCCCUCGUUUGGGCCAUGUAGGAGAAAACUAUCAUUGACGAAGUCCUUGUUGCUGUCUCUAGUUGUCUCCGAAGUGGGUUUUAAAGGCAGUGGACACUAUUGGUAAUUACUCAAAAUAAUCAUUAGCAUAAAACCUUACUUGGUAACG